AUGUCCAGAUCAGGUGCUUUAGACGAUAAUGAGAUCCAAACGGAGAUGAACAAGAUGGUUGCGUUCAUCUCCCAAGAGGCAAGAGAGAAAGCUAGAGAAAUCCAAGUUAAAGCAGAUGAAGAGUUCUCUAUUGAAAAGGCAAAAAUAGUCAGACAAGAAUCAUUAUCUAUCGAUUCUCAAUAUGAGAAAAAGAAGAAACAAGCUGAAGUCGGUUGGAAGAUCUCCCAAUCAACAGCUAUCAACACUUCCAGAAUCAAAGUGCUCAGAUCAAGAAACGAUCACCUCGAAUCCAUCUUCGAAGAAGCCAAUAAACAAGUUCAACAACUCAGUAAUGGUGACAAAUAUAAAGAGGCAAUUGAGAACCUUAUUCUUGAGGUCCUCCUUAAAUUACUCGCACCAACUAUAACCCUUACUCACCGACCAAAAGAUUCCGACCUGAUCAAGAAAGCUUCAUCGACAGCUAACAAGCGAUACAAGGAUUUAUCAGGAAGGGAUACCAAAAUCGACCUCGAUAGUGCUUUACCAGAUGAUGGUUCAGGUGGUGUUAUUGGCGCUUCAUUGAACGGUAGAAUCAAGGUUGAUAAUACCUUGGAAGAGAGGAUAAAGAUCCUUGAAGAAAAGAUGCUUCCCGAAUUAAGACAUGACCUCUUCGGUGUGAAUGAGAAUAGAAAAUUCUACACUUAA